UUGUUGCUGUCAUUCAGUGAGUGUUCGGUUUUGGAAUUUUGGAUUUUGAUGUGUUGUAGAACAUAGUAAUUUAACUUUACUGUUGUAGUACUGACUAAAUUUUUUAAAAAUAAUGUCAAUUCUUGCGUAUAACGGGGGUGCCAUGGUGGCUAUGAAGGGAGAGAACUGUGUGUCGAUAGCGGCUGACAGACGGUUUGGCAUUCAAGCUCAAACUGUAGCGACCAAUUUCCAAAAAAUCUUCCAGAUGGGCUCACACCUUUACGUGGGCCUUCCUGGCUUAGCCACAGACACACAAACCGUCAUGGAAAAGCUCCGGUUUAGAAAGAACCUCUAUGAACUGAAAGAGAACAGGCAAAUGUCCCCUAAAGUAUUCAGUGCAAUGUUGUCCAAUAUGCUAUAUGAGAAGCGAUUCGGUCCCUUUUUCGUCGAGCCUGUAGUAGCGGGGUUGGAUCCUAAAACUCACGAGCCUUUUAUUUGUAAUAUGGACUUGAUCGGGUGCAUUAAUCUACCCAAUGAUUUUGUCGUGGGCGGUACGGCUUCUGCGCAAUUGUACGGUAUGUGUGAAGCACUUUGGGAGCCCAACUUGGGGCCGGACGAUCUUUUCGAAACUACUUCACAAGCCCUUAUCAAUGCUUUUGACAGAGAUGCGAUAUCUGGUUGGGGAGCGACUGUAUACAUCAUUGAAAAGGAUAAGGUGACCAUUAAGAACUUGAAGACACGUAUGGAUUAAUGUUUAUUUUAUUAUAUAAGGUUUUUGUAUUUAAUUUAAAAUAUAUUACAAAUAAAACAUAUUGGUUACAAUAUUG